AUGACGACCAUAAGGGCCCUCAAGUUUUCAAUCAUUGUCAACUCCAUGUCCUUGUUGGCGUGCGUCAUGGCAUUUUUCUUUCAAUGUCCACAACCGGAGAUUCAUAACUGGCCGAGCACCAACACGACGUGCAACACAGGGUGCCAGUGUGCUGACAACAGCUACUUCGCCAUCUGUGGUCAAGACGGCAAGACCUACUACUCACCAUGUACAGCCGGCUGCUUAAACAGCAUCAGCGGGGUGUAUCAGAACUGCACCUGUAUUCCAGGUGGUCAGGCGACCAGCGGCUCCUGCGACUACGGCUGCGACCACAUUUACGCCUACGCCUUUUUCUUCACGUUAAGGUCACUUGUUUCGACAUUAUCGAUUGUGCCAAAACUUCUUAUCGUCAUAAGGCUGGCUUCUUGGUCCCGUCAUCAUUGGCUACGUCAUCGACGGCAUCUGCGUCAUCUGGGACGUCAAAUGUUCCACCAGGGGGCGCUGUCUGCUGUACGACAACGAGGUCUUUAACAACAAGCUGCACGGCUACAUCACC